AUGGUCCAGUUACUGAAAAUAAGGAAUGGUGGGAAUCUGGAAUUUUGUGUUCGGGACCACACCUCAUCUAGUGCCACACCUCCAUCUAGUGCCACACCUCCAUCUAGUGCCACACCUCCAUCUAGUGCCACACCUCCAUCUAGUGCCACACCUCCAUAUAGUGCCACACCUCCAUAUAGUGCCACACCUCCAUAUAGUGCCACACCUCCAUAUAGUGCCACACCUCCAUAUAGUGCCACACCUCCAUCUAAUGCCACACCUCCAUCUAGUGCCACACCUCCAUCUAGGACCACACCUCCAUCUAGGACCACACCUCAUCUAGUUGUCACACCUCCAUCUAGUGUCACACCUCCAUCUAGUGCCACACCUCCAUCUAGUGCCACACCUCCAUCUAGUGCCACACCUCCAUCUAGUGCCACACCUCCAUCUAGGACCACACCUCCAUCUAGUGCCACACCUCCAUCUAGUGCCACACCUCCAUCUAGUGCCACACCUCCAUCUAGGACCACACCUCCAUCUAGUGCCACACCUCCAUCUAGGACCACACCUCCAUCUAGUGCCACACCUCCAUCUAGUGCCACACCUCCAUCUAGUGCCACACCUCCAUCUAGUGCCACACCUCCAUCUAGGACCACACCUCAUCUAGUGCCACACCUCCAUCUAAUGCCACACCUCCAUCUAAUGCCACACCUCCAUCUAGUGCCACACCUCCAUCUAGUGCCACACCUCCAUCUAGGACCAUCUAGUGCCACACCUCCAUCUAAUGCUACACUUCCAUCUAAUGCCACACCUCCAUCUAAUGCCACACCUCCAUCUAAUGCCACACCUCCAUCUAGUGACACACCUCCAUCUAGUGACACACCUCCAUCGGCCUCCCAAGAUGCUGUACUCCAUCUGGGGCUACACAACUGA